AUGGAGUUGAUUUCUUCUAAAACACUACUUCCACAGGCUUCUGGAUCAAAAAUUAAAUACUUUAUAACAUGUACUAUAUUUCUUCUCUUUUUAAUUGGUGAUGUCAAAACUAUGACUCACAUCUUGAGGCAUCAUCAGCAAAGAGACAAUACCGGGCUGAGUACUUUAAGCCCUAUAGAGCAAUUAACUUGGCCUCAUUCAGAUGUGAAGUUACCAUGCGGAAUUUUACCCGCUUUAAAUGUUACGUCCAAUUGGUUACAAAUGAAACUAAAAUGGCUGCACAAUGGGAAGAACGUUGAUCUUGGACAUCGUUAUAACCUAAACCAUAACACAGGAGUUUUAGUUAUUAAUAAUAUAAGGCUAGAUGAUAAUGGGAUAUGGCAAUGCGUAAACGAAAAACAAUUAGCUAGAGCAAUAAAUUUAGUAGUUUUAGAAAUUCCAAAAGAACCUUACUUAUUAAUUGACGGGCACCGUUUAGACCCUGGAAAUUUAUUUGUACCAGUAAAAGAAAACAUGGAUUUAAGUAUAGAGUGUGUGGUUGAAGGUGGUAAUCCAAUGCCAUCCUUGCAUUGGUUACUAUUUCCAAGUAAUUCAAAUUUAGAAAAUGAAGCCAUGUCUUCAGGAUUACUGCAAUCUAAUGAAUCGUAUCAAGAGAAAGACAUUAGUCGUAGUUCAGCUAAAAUUCAAAGAGUUCUUAGAGCUCAUCACAAUGCUACUGUGGCGUGUAUAGUUACACAUGUUACUCUUGCAAACCCCUUGAACACUACUAUUCUUCUUGAUGUUCAAUAUACUCCCUCUUUUGGAAUUAGUAGAAUUCCUGGAUUUGGAAUACCUAUUAAAGAAAGUAUUUCAGUAUCUCUUAAAUGCGAUGUUGAUUCAAACCCACCGUCAUCUCCUGUCUGGCAAAAAGAUGAUAGUGCACCACCUGUUCUCCAAACUGAUGAUGGUUUUUUAAACUUUACGUCAAUACGAAGAAAUCAUAGUGGCUGGUAUAAAUGUACCAGCAGACAUUUGUUAUCUGAAUAUUCUUCAAUUGGUUAUUUUUUAAAUGUUAGAUACAAUUUAAAUGAUCUUGAUACAGUGCGCAAAGAGUUAAUCGAAGAAGACAAUUCUGGUUCCUCUGAAUCUGUUGAGGUCACUGUUGGUGGCGAAGUUCAAUUAGAAUGUCCAUCAGGACCUAGUGCGGCAAUACCAUGUUGGGCUAAAACUGGCAAUGAUAAUGACCUACAACCAAUAGGGCCAAGUAGUAAUCUUCAUAUAGAUCAAGUUUUAUAUCAAGAGGCAGGUGAAUAUAAAUGUAUUGUGGGCAGUAAAAAUGAAAAUCUAGAAAAACUCAGGGUGUAUACACUUCAUUUAAAUGUUGUCGGUGGUCCAGUGAUAUAUACUGAAAACAGAACUAUUGUUGCGCAUGAAGGAAACGACACCCGAUUAUCAGCCGAGUUUUGUUCUAAUCCAAUGGUAAACAAAGUUUUUUGGAUAGCGAGUGAUAGAGUUAUUCGACCAGGAACCGCCGUAGGACAGAUUACAGCUCAUAACAUAACCGUAAUCAAUGCAAAACGCAAAUCCACACCUCCAAACAACACCGUAAAGAAAGGACGCAACCAAACAUUCUCACCACCUUCCAUAUCGCAAACUAUCCCAGGCAUCGCACCAAUAAGCCAACGCUAUUCUCCAACUUCGCCAUAUGUUGCCGAAGAAACCUUAUCAGAAGACUCAUUUCGGCCGUCAACCACAGAAGACGAUGAAAGCAGUCAUCAGUCCUCUACAAACGACCAUCAGCCCAUACCAAAAAGACUCCCGCCUAUAUUUCUGACGAAAAAACCUGAGUACUCAUGGCGCACCAUAGCCAAAAGUCUUUAUGAAUCACCCGGACAUGAAUAUAUAGAAACAAGUACCACCUCUAAAGCUGAUUUUCGCUCAGUACAAUCUUUUCUCGAAUCCAUCCAAAAUAAAGUAGGGUUCCACACACAUGCACUUCCUAGCCAAAACACACUAAAAAUAGUCAUCAAAGGCAUUCCUCUUGAUAUCACAGAUCAAGAAAUAAUCGAUGAACUCAAAUCCAAUGGUUUUGAGCCAACAUUUAUCAGAGCUUUCUCAAAAACGGCCACAGAAUUAAUCUAUAUAUGGUUACUCUUGCAAACCUCGAACAAGCUAAAGAUAUAUACCAAAUAUCUAAACUCUUCUAUUUCAACGUCAAAAUCGAGCUGUAUCGAUCAACUGGUCCAGCAAAAUGCUACAAAUGAAAAAACUUCGGCCACUCCUCCCUCCAAUGCGGCCACUCUUCAAGAUGUGUCAAAAGCCCAUCCAGCAAUCAUCAAGGCCUACAAACUCAGAAUCUCCAAUCGCCCAACUCCGCCUGAACCAUCUACAUGUCUUAACAACACAUCAUCUCGGACCCACCCAAAAGCAUCAUUCGCUGAAGUCACCAGUGGUCAAAAACCAGCAGUAACCGAACCUUCUAUAACGGCCACCAAAGUACUGUUUAUAAUACAUAAACUAUUAGCUUCAGCUCAUGAAUGUAAGGACGCCUCCACCAAAGAUUCCAUCAUAAACACCAUCAUGUCAAUCAUCACAGAUUUCUCAGCCCAAAGUGAAUAA